GAAGUAUAUUUCAAUAAAAAUCAACGCAUACAUGCUGGUUUUGUUUCCCAACUCGACUCCACCGUUUAUGGCCCCUGGUUUUCCCUCCCAUCUCAAUGACUAUGCUUAUUUAUUGUUUUCCAUUUUCUCUUUUACUUUUCUUCAAUCAAACACCUGCUUCUUCAUCUGGGUUUUCCAAUUCCUUCCCACAGAUAUACAUUACUGUUUGUUUCUGGGCACAUCAUUACAUACCCACAAACCUACCCUUUAUAUACUACUGUUGUUUCUUUGAAUUAUCCAAAAGAGAACAAUAAUUGUAGUACUAGAGAUGAAAAUGGAAGGUGGUUUGGUUGAGCAUAGGAGAGAAAUUGUAAGGGGUAUUAAUGGUAAAGUUAUCAAGAAGAAAAAGGAGAUCAAGAGAAGAUUGUGUUCUUCUUCUUCUUCUUCUUCAUCUAAUACCUUAAGAAUGGAGAGGGAAGUUCCGUCAGUAACAUUGCAACAACUUUAUAAUUGUUGCAAAUAUGUUUUUAAAGGUCGUGGGAUUGUUCCUCCUCCUCAAGAUGUUCGAAAUCUUUGCAACAUUAUGGAUCUUUUGAAACCUGAAGAUUUUCGACUGAGUAAGGAUCUUCCGUUUUUCAUGUCUGGAAAUUGCGUCAAAGGAAAUCCAAGGGUCACUUACACCACAGUCUGCAAGUGCCAGAAUUUUUCCAUGGUGCUAUUCUUUCUACCAGCAUCGGCCGUCAUUCCCCUCCACAAUCACCCAGAAAUGACUGUUUUCAGCAAACUGCUUUUAGGUGAAAUGCAUAUUAAAGCAUAUGACUGGGCUCAUCCGAUAGAUGUGGAAUGUGAAAAACAGCCUUCUUCGAUGAGGCUAGCAAGAUUGAAAGCUGACGAUGUCUUCACUGCUCCAUGUAACUCAUCAGUCCUGUAUCCUACCUCGGGGGGCAAUAUCCAUCAGUUCACAGCCAUAACACCUUGUGCCGUUCUGGAUGUCCUUGGACCACCGUACUCAAAAGAAGAUGGUCGGGACUGUAGUUAUUACAAAGAAAUACCCUUCACUUUGAAAGAUGAAGAAUUAGCAGAGCUAAAAGAUGACGGGUACUCAUAUGGAUGGUUAGAAGAGAUAGAAAUACCAGAAAGCUCGAAAAUGGACGGGAUAGUGUAUUUAGGUCCUCGUCCUCAGACUAACGACACUACCUGCUAACUAGAUUGUGGGUAAUUUAAUGGUGUUUAUGCUCCUCCACAUUCGUUCGUUGUUUGUUUUCUUCGCUUUGCUUAUAGGGUUCUUUCUCCCCCCACUCUUCGAUGUAAUGCUUGCUUUACUGUUGUUUCCGUUUACUUUUGGGGGCAAAGAUAUGAGUUGUUCAAACCACAGGCUAUAUGAUCUGAUGAUUGUGCGUUGUACAUACAUGAUCGAACAGGACUGAUGCUUCUUUUUAAGUCUGCUUUUAUGUUUAAUUGUAUUAUUCCCGCAACCAACUUUGUAGCGUCGUUUUCUAAGGAUAGAAUUGCUCUUUAUCGAUGUUUAACAUAGACGUUUCAAUUUGGGGGGCUCUUAGCUUUAAUUGAGCUUAGGAGAAUUGCUGCCGAGAUGGGCUCUGGCUAUACAUAAUUCACUUCCUUCGUUCUUUUGAAUUUGCUACACAACAUCUAAAAAGUAGAUAACCAUAAACUGAAAUAGUAAUGUUUUAUAUAUUUACAAACUACAAGCAUUCAAAUUUUAAGUUAAGAGGAAUACACAAUAGCCUAUGGGUCAUGCCUACAUCUCAUGAUAAGGGCACAUGUUCUUUCUUUUCUUGCAUACUCAUGACUUGUAUUACAACUAUCUACAGGUUGUUUGGUUAUUGGUAUUAUUUGAAUAUAGUGGAAAUGAGUUUUUAAUUUGUUGUUAUUAUUAUGUCAUUCCUAUGAUAAUGGAAGUCCUACCAUUUAAUACUAACAAAUUAUUUGUGCCUUUGACCUUCACUUACUGUUUUACUAUAUAGUAUUCUCUUUUACAUUACAUGAAAUAUUGUUUCAUUUAUGGAGCAGAGGAGUAAGUAUACUUGUGUCAU